AUGGAUGUUUCCGAGUUCACAGAUGACAUGCUCGAGCUGUGCCAACAUCGAGAGUCUAGAUGGGUGUCGGACCUUGAACCGAUGCGCUUUCCAGAGUCGAAAUGCGUGUGGCAAUUUGGUCCCAUCUUUGCGGAACGUGAAAUUUUAGUUGAUGAUGAUAUGCUACAUAAGAAAAUGAUCACAGAAGCCAGUGCUACGUGCGUUGCGACACAAGUCCAAGGCCCAAACCCUGGGCUUCAACGCAUUGCAAAGAUAAGGGUGCAGAUUCCAGAUGAAGACGACCCUUCUUCCACAGAGCCGGCCGAGUCAAGCGCUUGUCUCGCAUUUGAGCUCUCUAACUUGCGUGAUCUGACGGAUUUGGGUUGCGCUUACACGCCGAAGCUCCUUGACUAUGUCAUAGCAAGGCAGGGAGAAAAUCAUUAUGUUCCUGGAGGAUUCUUUGGUAUCACCAUAAUGGAACGGCUUCCCGGACAAAAUCUAAUUCAAUUUGAUAAAUUGCCUCUAGCUGAGAGAGAUCAAGUCCGGCUGGCUUUCGCAAAGGCAUUCCGGUACCGUCCCCCAGUUCCUCCCCUUGAUACGAUACUCUGCGAAUAG